AUGACAAUUACUUCCGAUGCGGACGGUUCAAAGGAUGUCAAUGACUUCCUCCAGCGGAUUCGGGAGCUAGGCGAGAAACGUGAUAAGGAGGACGAGGAACGGACCAAGAAGUUGGAGGAGGAAAUCAUGCAGAGUCGCAAGGAGAGGCAGGCUCGAAGAGCUGAACGAGCGCGGUCAAUUUCGCCAACAAAGGACUCCCCCAUCCUGGAUUCCGCUCGUUUGAGCAUUUCUUCCCUCAGCCAACGUGGGAUCGAGCCUCCGGAACAACUCUCGCCCACACCUCGGACACCUGAACAUGCCACAGGCGCCAGAUUCGACCCCUUUCGAGAUGACACGUCAAUUGGUACGGAUGGUGAUCUGGAAGGGUCAAAACUAGACGGGAGGGAGAUGGAAUCCUCACCAAGAGCAACUACUACCUCACCUCUUGCGCGCAGUAGAGCAGGGACCCUGUCCUGGCAGCAACGACCGUCUUCACGGGAUACGAGCGGCAAUAGAUCGUUUUUCCCUCCCUCUCCUACGCGCUCACCGACCCGUCUCAAUCGCCUGAGUGGGCUGUCUAAUUUCUCGAACGAUGAUCACAAAAAUCUUCGCAGUCCGCUGACGCUUUCGCCUUCCUCUAAGGAUGUUCCCGCCGCUCAGAAAACAAGAGCGGAGGAAACUCCCGACUCAAUUACUAGAGAGGUUGCCAAGGAGAAGCCGGACGCUGAAAAGACUGGUCAGGGUUCAAUUAACACAAACGACGAAGGCACGGAAUCGAAUCCAGAAUUUCCCCCUGGAGAUGAGAAGCAGAACUCGCAACCGGAAGUUGGAGAAGAAAGAUCGCGUUCCCCAUCCAGGGCAAGCUCGACUUUCGGGGAUAGUAGUUUGGGACAUCGAUACUCAAGUGUAUCUUCUGUCUCAACGCCAACUGGAGUCGGGUCCCCUCUGCCCCUUUCAAGCGUCCAAAAACUCGAGCCAGAACAGGUCGCGACAACUCCCUCCCCGAGGCGCCUUUCUCCCGAGCGUUCACGUUCAACGUCGCCGACAAAAGGGCUUGGAGGCUUUGUGCAGAGCGCCAUGAUGAAGCGAUCGGAUAGUGUCUCGAAGCGAUGGAGUGCUCAGUUACCGUCAGGGGUAAACCGAGGCUAUUCAUUUGCCACCAACCGCAAUAGCAUUGCUGGUCCAGCGUAUGGCGAUGUGCAUACGCCUGCAUCUCCGUCGAGGCUUGGCCGCGAGGACCCGUUCCUUGCGUCCAAGAGGCCAAGUUCCAGCCACAGUGAGGCAACGAUUGUCCACAAUGCGAAGGAGAGUGAAAGGCCAGCAACGCCGCCAAUGGUGAACAAGGCAGAGGGAGACGAACCUACCGCCAGACCCACACUUCACAUGAGAGCUCCCAGUGCAUUAAGCGGAAAUGGACACGACUCCGACUCGACUUCGUUGCCGUCUGCGAGCCCCGUUGUCUCGAGGACCAUGGAUCCCAGGCGCUGGAGUCCCACAAAAUCGACAUGGCUGGAGAGCGCUCUUAAUCGACCUGACUCACCAAAGCACAAAAGGCAGCCCUCACAGCAAACCUCAUGGGCGAAAGAUCGACAAUCAAGGGCAAGCGUCGACCUGGGCCGCGUGAAUAGCUUCAAGGAAGUCACUACGGUCGGCCUCAUGCGUUCAGCUGCACCUGGUAGUCACUAUAAGUCUCCGAGUGUUUCUGGGAUCCCGGAUCUACCAAGUAAUCUUGAUAUCAACAAACCUAAGGAAUCCAAAGACCAGCCGUUGUCCAACCCUGAAGAUAGCGAGACCAAGCCUACAGAGACACCCAAGGUUGAAACUGCACCCGACCUUGAAACUACACCCAAGGGUGAGGAUCCUCACGAAUCCGUGGAUACUAAGCCCGAAGCUUCUCCUACAGAGCAAGAGGGUGGACCGGAAGGCAAGACCGAGGAUGCUCCAACACGCAAACGUGCACCUUCCCUCCUAGUACCCGUUAACAAAACUGACAUCUGUCCACCUCUCUCAUCUCCUCGAGACCCUUUAUUGAACAGACCAAAGCCACUAUCUCCUGUGAUAGAUUUCCGGGCCAAUUUGCGAAAGCGAGAAAUUAUCAAAGAUGAAGCACCGAAACAGGAACCGGAGUUCAAGAACGUGUUUGGCAAAUUAAAGAAAGCCGAGUCUUCGACUUACGUUGCCCCCGAUGAGCUCAGAAAUAAUAUUUUGAAGGGCAAAGCAGCGCUGAAUGCGACAGGCGGCCCGAAGAAGACUCCAAAGGUUGAUGAUCUGAAGGAAAGUAUCUUGAAGCAGAAAGAGGCAAUCAAAGCGAGCGGAGGCUCACUGAGGCGUAACACGGCCGGAGAACUCGAUGCUCCUGCGAAAAUGAUUCCAGAAGCAAUUGCCAAACGAAAUAACAUAUCUAAAUCUAGCAACAGCAGUAGGAGCACUCAUUCGGUUGGUGACUUGACUUCGCCGUCAUCUGAGGACUACCCAACACCGAACGGUCUCACGAAUGACCAGCAAUCUCCUUCUUCCGCGCCUAACGACGAGCAGGCGCAGGAGGCCCAGAGCUCACAGACUGCAGCAGAGGUUUCAGAGCCAAAUGGACCGAAAGACCAGGUUGAAGAUUUGGCAUCUACUGAGGCUGGAAAUGUGGAGACCAAGGGCGACGAUUCUGAGAAUCAGUUGAUCACACACACAGCGGUCGCCGCAGAGAACACUGAGAUAAGGAACAAGCAGAUUGAAGAGGCCAUCAAACCGGUGCGUGCUCUGCCGUCGGGGAUUGUUGCGGAGGCUGCAGAAACGCCUGCUGCUACUGAAGGUCUUGCUACUAAAGGUAAACUCGCAGGCCGAAUAAACCCUGCCUUGGCAGGUCUUUUGUCUCGCGGCCCUCCUAUUAUCGGCGGGAACUCAAACAAGCACUUGUCGACAGACUCAAUGCGAGAAGGUAGCUCCGAAUUUCCUGGCAGUCAGGCUUCUGCACCUCUUACCCAUAUGACGAAGAACCGUGCGAGGGGGCCAAAAAGGCGCCUACCCAAGCUUGCAGCCACGGAAUCGACGACGCCGCUGGUCAACGAUACUACAACCGUUCCAGAGAACGAUAUCUCUUUAUCUGAUAUUAAUGGGACGGAAUUGCCACCAUCAUCCAGCCAAGAUAUUGCGAAGACUUCUGUUGGCUGGCCGCUUCCUGACGCUGAUACAACCAGCCCCAUGGUCUCUGAGCCGACCCUGCCUCCACUGACGUAUUCAGCCUCCGAAAAUCCAGUGGAAUUCAAGCGAACCAUACCGCAUCUGAUAGAGCGUAGACACGAGCAAAAGCUCGCACACAGGGACUCGAAGUCUUCGAUGGAUAUGAACCCUUCGCCUCCACCCAAGGAAGAUUUGGAGGGCAUUGAAAAUCUCGGAGACUCUCCCUCGAGAAGACCGACUCUACCACCAAAGCCAAGUAUGCCGCCCUCGUCACUCGCCUCAGUGCAAAUACGGAGCUCUCCACGUCAGUAUUCGUCUCCGUCUUCUUCUCCUCUCAGAACAAGCUUUAGGGAGAACCGACUGCAGUCUCCUCGAGCAACUCCGCAGAAGUCCCCGAAGAACUUUUCAUCUGGUGGUUCGAUAGAAAACUCUCGAGAUAAAGCAUUACCUUCUCCUCCUGUUCCUUCUAAAUGGAGCAAAAUCUCUGCCGAUCAACAGUCCUUAUCGACGAGAUCAUCAGUGUCUUUGGUACCCCAGGCCGAGGAAUCCUUUGAAGUCAUUUCGGGCUUUUUCAAGACUUUGCCAAACUCAAACGACCGCGUGAACAUUGACACGCAAUUGAUGCUUACUAGCAAGACCGACGAUCUCCGAAUUAGGACUCUGAAGAGGCAACUUUGGGAGAUUACUGGUGACGGGAAGAGGCAGGACCUUCCUGUUAACCAGGAAUACAUUCUUUACGAAGGAAGUAUGUACCUGUGCGUACACGUUUUUGAUUCGGAAGGAGUUGCACGCUGUGAGACCCAUCUUUGGUGCGGUGACGAUGUGAGUGAUGCGGCCAUGGACGAUGCGCAGCCAUUCUCCCGCAGAGUCGCCAGGGAAAACGGCUGCAAGUUAGAGGUUAUCAAGCAAGGCAAAGAGACUUCCAGAUUCAUACAAGCCCUUGGUGGGAUCCUCAUCACACGCCGUGGGGCUAACUCUCGCUCCAGCUCUUCUGCCAUCUUUAUGCUCUGCGGACGAAAACAUCUUGGUCAAAUGGUAUUUGACGAGGUCAACUUCUCCAGAAGCAAUCUUUGCUCAGGCUUCUCUUAUGUAAUUUCUGCAAUGUUUGGCAAAUUAUACCUGUGGAAGGGCAAAGGAAGUACUGCCGAGGAAAUUGGCGCCGCCCGCCUCAUUGGCAUGGAUCUCGGCCUGACGGGCGAAUUCGAAGAGGUGGCCGAAGGGGAGGAGCCCGAAAGCUUUUUCGAGGUCUUCUCGCACCACAGAGACACCGAAGAGUCCAUGCGCUCAGACUACUGGCGGCUGAAACCGAACCAUGACCAUUUUCGCCUGAGAUUGUUCCGGGUAGACCACGAGCUUGGUCAACGAACAGGCGGUUUUUGGCUUCGACGAGUGUCGGGGUCAGCUUCCCCUGUGAUUCGACCAAAUGACACCGUUCAGGAAAUUGUGCCAUUCUGCCAGAAAGACAUCACGGCCAAAGGAAUCUACAUUUUGGACACCUUCUUCGAGAUUUAUGUUAUUGUUGGUGAACAAGCAUCUCAACGACCUGCCGAAUUCGCAUCAGCAGUAGUAUUUGCGCACGAGUAUGGCAUUCUGGCUGCUUCCCUUCAAGAUCGACCAUUCAUUCCCAACAGUCUUGUCUCCAUCGGAGGUAUUCCCGAGUCGGCUCGUAGCGCAUUUCGCAAAUGGGACAAGCCAUCCGGACAAAUGCGUCCGCGAGUGUUUCCUCUAAACGCGGCAAUUGAGUCUAUUCGCUCCUGA